CUUGCAAUUUGCCACUCUUUCAUGGAAAUGGAUUUCCCAUACUCGCGGCAAUCAGUUUAUAUUCAUUUCGUCUUUGAUCACGCUGUGCAUGUCUUCCAGUGCGUACACAAGAGUUUGUGUAAGAGGGAUCUUUAUGAUUGGGUAUAGCUGCUUUACAAGUCGUGAUCGUGUAAACGCAAAGUCUAUUACACUCAGUAAACAUACAUGUACAAUUUGGCUUAAACGAACAGGUGGUUUAGGGUGUGCGAACUACAAUGCAUUGUGAACAAACGACCCAGUAUGUCGGAAGCACGUUCUGGGUACCUGCUCGUGAUAAAUCUGGAUGUAUUACAUGAGGCCAAAAAACUUGCGGGAGAAACUCAGGCAACACUCCCUAGAUACGACUCAACAUCGAUCUCAUCUCACUGUUUGUGUCUAGCCACGCAGGGGGACGCGCACCCAUCGACGUUUGCUCACAGUUAAUACCCGUGAUUAAACGGUUUAUCUGCACGCUACUCAGUCUGACAAGGCUUUGUGCAUGACGGGUAUUGAUAUUUUGAUACACUACCAAAGUCACUUGAUAACAACACCAGUGUGACGGUGUUUCGAUGCUUCAAUACAUCUGUUGACAACCACGGGCUUAUCAAACUCUCGGUGUCACAACUGAGUUGAACAUAUUGCUUUUCCUUCAAGUGGUGGACUAUUUAUUAAAGAUGGACAUAUGUGUAUUCAUUUGACAAUUGGAAUUUUAAUUACCAAGCGACAGUGUAUGAGAAGAAACAGUUUGUCGGUGAAAUAGAUUCAAUAUUGCUGCACCGUGCAGGUAAGACCUGACCAUUGCUAUGAUCGGCUAUGUGUUUUCGCACAUGUGAAUAGUGAGCAUAAACAUGGAGUCGAAUUCUAAUUCGGCUCCUCCAGUGAAUAACGCUCUGUUACCGGACAUUUACAACAAGUUGGAUGCAGACUUGCAAGAGAGGACACGUGUAAUUAACACUCAGUUAGACAAACGACUGUCAAUGCAGGAGAGAGUCCUUAAUAAGUACCGAAGGGCAGCGGAGAGGUUGUAUAAAGAAGAGUCCAUUAGAGUCAGACAAGAUCUUGUCAAAAUCAACAAAAAGCUACCAGCAGUUGGCAACAUCAGAAACUUUUGUUUAGGAUACAUUUCGCGGAAGAAGAAGCAUGGUAGGAAAAGGAAGGGCAUUCCUGAAGAGAAGAUAGACAUGCCUUUCUGUGAACGCCACUUUAUUCAUCAUCUUCCAACUAAGAAGAAGUUUUAUAAGCAGCCGACGCCAACUCCUCCUCCGCCAGGUGAUGUAGAAGGAGGAGCGAAUGUUGUCCCCGGUGAUGCUGCUGUAGUGAACGGGGUUGUUCCAGCAGGGGAGAGUGUGACCGACACGGAUGGAGUAGGAACCGACGUCUCACUUGGGGUGAUGUCUGAUGUGCAAUUGAAUCCAGUGGAACCAAGACGCGUGUUGCCUGCAUCGCGGUGACACGAUAGGUAGUCCACGCAGAAAAGUAUGGUAUCUCUGUUUCCUGGUGCAUUCGGCUGAUAUCAAGGUAUCAACUUAAACCACCUAUCGUCGUUGCCAUAUUUUGAACUGCUAUGUUGUACGUGAACCGACAUGUUCUUGAAAAUAUUGUUGUUUCCAUUACAUAUGAUGUUAGUGAUGGAUAUUUUUAUUGUCUUAUUUUAGAUUAAUGAGUUCAUCAUACGUGGGACGCCAUGGGGUGUACCUAAAUAUGAUGACACAUUUUGUGGCACAAUUUAGAGAACAUCGAGAGAACAUGGCUUCCAAACGUGACAAAUAAACAACUUUAAAGGUGUAUUAUUAUUUUAAUCAACUGGAAACUUACAUUUUUCAACAGUAAGUAUUAAAUGGUUUAAGCUUGUAAUCUUGAGAGUUGAGACGAUAUUGUAUUUCCAUUGGGCCUGUUUAAUACCGCGUUAUUGGUUGUCAACCGAGACUGAUUAUUAGAACAUUGUAUAACAAAUUGCGUCUGGUUGCGCCAAGAAAUGGAAUUACUGUUACAUAUAAUCAAUCACUGUCGCAUAAAACUGCUGUCAAAGCACCUGACAUGGUUAUAUGAUAAACUGCAUAACUUCCA